AUGGGCAAACAAACCAGAAAAUCCUUCAAGCCUCGCGCAAACCCUCUUGGAAACAGAAUUGCUGCUGGUGUGCAAGAAGGCAUCAACGAACAGCAAAUGACAUUACAACCCGAUCAAGUACUUCCUGUUGUCGACAAGCUCUCAUCGCCUGAUGCAACUGAGAGAGGUUGGGCUGCUGCUUGUAUCUCUAAUUUGGUCUUGUCAAAUGAUGCAAACCUCAAAUUGCUGCUCUCUAAAGGUGUUGUGGGUAGUUUGAUCAAGUUGUUGAGCGACGAUACUCGUGAGGUUGUAGAAGAAGCUUUGGGAACAUUGAGAAAUUUGUGUGCAGUGGAUCCUGAUGUGUGUCAAGAAUACUUUUCAAAGGAUAUUCUGACCCCUUUGAGCAGCAUGCUUCCUCAGAUCUCUCAAAUCAUCGAUCUUGUGCUUACCAAUGCUCCUUUGGCUGAUACUGCCGACCAUGAUAAACGAUCCACUAUUUGGGAUGUUGCAGAGAACUUUGUUUGCAUUAUUUGGGGGUUGAGUGAAGCAUCUGACAAGUACAUCAAGGCUGUGAACCGUUUGAACAUUGUCACUUUUUUGAUCUCAUUCUUGUCCGCUGCCGACCAAUGUCCUACCAAAGUUGUUGUUGCUGCUGGACAAUGUUUGACUACCUUAACCGACGAUAACAAGGACAUCUACAUUGAAUUCCAGAGCCAUCCUGAAUACAUUCAAAUGCUGUUCAACAUCUUGACCAAAUUCGAGAGCCCCGACAAAUUACUUGUUCGAGUAUUGGCUUGCGCUAUAUUAAUGAAUGUGCGUGAGGUGGUGCAAUUGUCAGGAUCGUGGGAUGAUGAACGUGAUGCUCUUGGUGAAUUGAACAAGACUGUGAUGCCCAUUUUGAUCUCAUCAUUGGACUUUGAUAUUCAAAAGGCUGCUGAAGAGACAAAACAGAUUAUUGAUAGUGGUAAUGUAACCAAGCAUGAUGACUCUGUAGAGAUUACACCCAAACCAAAGCAGCCAUUGACCAAGGGAGAUAUUUACAUUCAACAAGUGGAAGAACGUUUAACUACGCUGCAAUUGUCCUUGGAACUAUUAGCAGACAUCUGUUUGCAAGACGAUACCGAAGAGGAUGGCUGGGAAGAUGCUGGUGAAACUAUGGAGGAAGAUCAGGAUGCUGAGGAAAUGACAGACAACUUGAACGAGGACAAUGUGGAUGACUAUUUGCGUGAUGCUGAGAACUUAGGACAAAACACAUCAACUGCUGUGGAUGAAGCUGCUGUUCGAUCCAACCCUGUGCUCAGUAACUUCACGUUCAAGAUCUUUCCCAAGUUGCUCUCACUCUCGACCCCGACCGUGUUAUCAUUCCCUGCAGAUGCUACCUUCAGUCCUGGUGUCACACAUGGUUUGACCCUGACUCAUCAGCGUGCUCUAGAAUGCCUCAACAACUUUUUAUUGGCCAUGAAUGAAGUGCCCUCCAAAUUCUGGUUCAAGGAGCAUGUAGACGAUGCUCAAAAAACAUGGACAUGGCUGUUCUCCACUGCCAAUGCCAUUGGAUCUGCUCCAGAGUCUGAGGACCGCAACCAAAUCUUGGAGGUGAUUGUUGGUUGUCUUUGGGCCCUUGGUCGUGGUCUGCGUGAAAAUAUCCCCUUGGAACCUGCUCAUGUCCCUUCUUUAUGCGGCGCCUAUAGAGCCACUAACAGCGAGUCUAUGCAAGUUAAAAUAGUGGGAUGCUUGGGCCCCAUUGCAGUGAGACAGGGAGAUGUUAACACAAAUAAGGACAUUGGUGUCUUUAUUAUGGAAGUAUUGAGUAACAUCGGUUCUCAAAAGACUCGACCGGAUGUGGCCGUGGAGGCAUUGAAUUUCAUAUUUGAUGUUUACAGCGACUGUGCGUUUGAUUACGAUGCUCCUGUUUAUGUGCAAGGCAAAUUCAAUCAACAAUUGAAGCAAAUUUUGCCUGCAGUGAAAGCCAUGGUCAAAUCAACAGAUCGACGAAAGAACUUUGAUCUGAGGAAUAGAUGCGAUGAAGCACUCAUGAACCUGGUUGCCUUUAUCAAGUACAAGGCUUCUGAGAAGAGAGCAUAA